AUUACUCAGCAGCCUCCCCUUUUUUUCUCCCCCUAAAACCCUUUCUCCCUUCUCUCUCCCCUCCUCAUUUUUUUACACCCAAAAAUGGAAACUUCGCCAUUGAAUCGGCUCCCUGAGGCCCACUCUUUGCCCGAUGGCUUCGUCGAGAGCUCAGCAGAGUCCCCUCGCUCCCACAACAAUCAAGAGAAGGAGGACGAGGGGCCGAAGGAUUAUAAGGAGAUGGAGGAACCGUCUCAGCCCCAAGAUGGAGUCUUGAUCGGGGUUUGCCCUAAUGAAGGUUCGAAGGACCCUCAGAUUUCAGAGCAAGAGACAGAACGUUGCACAGAGUCACAUUCUACAGACGCGAAGGAAAAAUCUGUUACAGCCGACUACACUGAGAGUCUGAAUAGACAGAAGCUAGAAAAUGCUGAAGUGAAACGCAAGGUUGGGAAGCGCAGUGCAAAAUUGGAGAAAGAGCUACUAGAGUUUACGUUGAAAUAUCAAAAAGUCAUAGCAGAAAGAGAUGCUGCUGUUGCUAUGCGAGAAAGGCUUGAAUCACUUUGCAGGGAACUGCAACGUCAGAAUAAAAUGCUUAUGGAUGAAUGCCAGAGAGUAUCAACAGAGGGACAAAAUAUGAGAUUAGAUUUGUCUAAUAAGUUUAAUGAUGCGAUUAAGGAUGUUAGCAUUAAGCUAGAGGAACAGAAAGAGGAAUGCCUUGCUCAACUCAAGGAAAAUGAAACGCUAAGGAGCAAACUAAAACAUCUUGCUGAUCAAUACACUCUGACUGAAGAGCAGUUUUCGCAGAAGUUGAAACAAAAAAUGCUCGAACUGCAGCUUGCUGAUCUCAAAAUUCAACAACAUCAAGAGAGGUCAACUCAGGAACAUACCCAGAUGCAAUUAUAUGCAGAGCAGGUUACUCAACUAUUGACCACUGAGAAAAGUUUACGAUUGCAAUUAGCAGCCGAUGGAGAAAAAUUUCAGCAAUUUCAGGAAGCUUUGCUGAAGAGCAAUGAAGUCUUCGAGACAUUUAAGCAGGAGAUGGAGAAGAUGGGAAAGCUAAUAAAGGAGCUUAAGAAAGAAAAUGAAUUUCUGAAGGGUAAAUGUGAGAGGUCCGAUAUUGCACUUGUGAAGCUUGUGGAGGAGCGUGAAAUCAUGAAGAAACAGCUCGAAAAGAUGAAGAACCAAAAAGAAAAGCUAGAAUCAUUGUGUCGAUCUCUACAGGCAGAGAGGAAGCAGAAUUCUGUGGGCAGUUCAAUUAUUGUGCAAGCCAAAGUAGGAUCUACUGAGGAAGACUCAUCAACUUGAACUCAGUUUGUAGCUUUCACCUCCGAAAGUCUUGGAAUUUGGUUCUCUGUUGUCUGCCAACAAGUCACAAGCAUCGGCUGAGCGAGAUGAGUUCUCUUGCCAGUUUCCGCUGGCAUUUAGAUAUCUCAAUUCUUUUUAUAUCCAACAAUAGGAUAUCAUUUGUAUCUAUGGUUUUACUUGCGCAAACAUUUGGUUUGAUGUGGAUAUUGUAAUCCAUGGAGUUUGGUGAAUUGCGAGGAUACUGUUUGCUUGCGUGGACAUUAGAACAACCCCUGGUCAAAAACCUUGCAAUCCUCGAGGUUUAUCGUGAAGUCGUCUAUCUUGGAAGAAAUGAAUCUUAAUUGCUAAAUUCGGUGUUAUUUAUU